AUGAUGGACAAUAAUAUUCUCAUACUCAAUCAAGUGAUUAAUGGUAUAACAUUAUAUGUUCCGUAUUUUACUAUCAUUGUUGGAACAAUCGGUAGUUUUUGCAAUCUUCUUACUUUUACAUCAAGACAACUACGUCGCAAUUCAUGUGCUUUAUAUUUUUUAUGUUCAGCAAUAUUCGAUUUGAUUUAUCUAACAUUUGGUGCUUCAACACGUUUAAUGAGUGAUCAUUACUCAUAUAUAUUACCUCGUAGAUCAGUUGUCUUUUGUAAAGUGCGAACAUAUCUGGCCGUAGCUAUACCAGCAUUAGCUACUUUUUUUCUAACACUUGCAUCAGUCGAUCGAUGUUUAUUAACAUCAAAGUCAAGAAAAUGGCGUAGAUUGAGUCGCAUUUCAAUUGCUCGCCAUACUGCAGUUCUAAGUGUUAUUUUCUGGCUACUUUGUUUUUGUCACAUGAUUGUUUAUUAUGAUUUACAAUUAGUAGAUGUAAAUAAUAAUAUAUACACAUGUAUGCCAAGAUCUGGUGCUUAUACAAUGUUUAUUAGCGUAUUUAUACUUGUUUGUAAUACAAUUUUAUUUUAUAUAAUCAUGUUUGCUGCUAGUGUCAUUACUCUCAGAAAUGUUCGGACGUCGCGACACCGUAUCAUGAUGAUUGAACAAAUCGCAGCACUCAAUUACAGCAAAAUGCGUUUGAACUGCCCAUCUACAAUCCUUAAUAUUAUCGGCAAUUAUCUGGAUUGGCAAUCAAUAUUUAUCUUUUAA